CUGAAAUUUCUUUGUGAUGAAAUGCUCAACACAGUCCUGAUAAGAGAACAUAUAGAAAAAUGUCCAGAUAAGUUCAAUGAUCUCCAGAAGAAGUUUAUGCUUUGAAUUAUGCAUUGAAGGAUUUGAAAGAUAAGGAGGAAAUGAGGACUUCAUAUGGUGAAAUGGAUACUUUAUCGGACCAGAUUUCAAAAGUGCAUGAGUCAAUUGGCACAGUAGAGUCAGAGCUUAAUAUGGCAUCCCUGAGAAGAGAUUUUCGGGAAAGGAUUCCUUGGGUCGACUGUACUGGGUGUUAGGACGAUCUGGUAAACGUCCUUUACUGGUUGCUGAUGGGUCUACUUCUGAUUGUAAAGGGUGGAAUUCUGCAUCUGUCGUUGUUUAUGAAUCGGAUGAAGAAAUCCGUAGCCUUGUUGACUGGCUAAGGGAAUACGAUCCAAGGGAGAAGGAGCUGAAACGUGCUAUCCAGCAGUGGCAGUGGCAGUGGCAGCGGCAGAGGCAUCUUCAUCACCAGCUGGGUAAUUUUGUUCUCAGUGAUCCUCCAGUAUCAUCCAAUGGGUCGUCGAACAGCAGCGAGCAGCAGCUUAUGGAACUUCCCAGUACCAAGGCUGCAGCAAUUUUGGGGCAAACAUGCCGCUGCGACUGCUUAGAGCCUAUAUGGCCUGCUCAACACUACUGCACAACAUGUCAUGAGACUUACUUCACGUCAACGGAGUAUGAAGAUCAUGCUGGAAAGUGCAAUGGACAUGUCAACAACGAGAAGGAUUCUGUUCGUCCUAGCUCCACCUCUGGGUCCACAAAACCGAUGAAGUCAUGCCCACAUGACUUUGAAGAGAUUUGCAGAAAAUUUGCCACCAAUGAUUCUAACAAGGAGAUAGUGAAGGAUAUUGGACUUAUUGGAUCAAACGGAGUUCCGUCUUUUGUCCCUUCACGUGCAGCUUUUAUUGAUGCUCCAGUCAUUCUUAGAUGACAGCCCAAAUGAUGAUUGUGUUUCCAGCUCCUUAGAGGAAUGCGAGGCAAUGUCUGCACAAAAGUUAGGGCAGGAGGGGUCAAAUUCUGCUCAAGAUUGUCCUGCAGCUAGUACUUCCUGUGAUGAAAAUGUGUCAAAAACUAGGGAGCCAGCCCCUGAUACUGAUACUACUUCCUGUGAGGAAGCAGCCUCUUCUGCAACAGACAAGCCAACAAGAUUGCUGACUGUUAACGGUGGCUUGGUUCGGGAGUCAUCAUUGAGACCUCUUACAUGAAGAAACUCCCAUAUCCUAAAGCAACAGAAGAUCAAUUUGCUUGAUAUAGAAGCAGCAAUGCCUGAGGAAGCUUUCAGAGCCUCAAAGUCUCAACAAAAGAGAAGGCGCUCAUGGCGUUCUUUUGUGAAGUGUGCAGAAUCAAUAUCCGAGCUGGUACUGGCGACUAGCAUGUUGGAGAGAGUGAUAAAAUCCAAGUUCUUGAAGCAUGAUUGGUGGUACUGGUCCUCCUUCACAGUAGCUAUCAAGACCUCAACUGUAUCCUCGCUCGCUCUCAGGAUCUACACUCUCGACGACUGCAUCAUGUACACCAAGGAGCCUAACACCGUGCCGCCGGCUGACAGUACAAAGGUUGUGAACAAGGGGGGGAAGGGGAAAGAGCCAGAACCAUCAGCGUCGUAAUUUGCGCCGCUUGAUCUAUUGUAUACCCCAAACUUAGAUGCUCCGCUUUGUUAUGUGCAACAAUGUGAUGCUGUGGUGAUAGACAGAGAUGGUAUAGACAUAGUCUUUGGUUAUUAUGUGGUCCCUUGAGGCUUUAGAGCUAGCUUUGAUUCUGGUGUUCAACGCUGCAACCUUGACCGUUCAUUUUAAUAAGCCAUA